UCAGUCUAUCGCGUGAAGGUCGUACGGUACGGACGGGAAUCGGGAUUCGGUCUUCUCUUUCAGUGCAUGUAUUGUAUUGAAUUGUGUUGUUCAGGGAUUGUGCUUUUGACAGCAUUCUUCUUUGACAUACGUCGCGAGUGUUGCCUACCUUGCGGGCGCAACUGCACAUCGAGCGCGGGUUGUUGACGGAGUUUUUGAGGACCACCGGAUGGGUUGUCCUCGAGGUGAACGGGUCAGUGGUGACAAAGAAGGUGGCAGAAGUUAGUGGCUUGUGGCAUUUCUUGGAGAAAAUGGAUGAAGUUUGAAGCAAGUGAACAAAGUGUUACGCAGUUUCCUCUUAAAGUUCAAGAUAUUACGCGACCUGCUGCUCAGCGAGGAUUGUCAGAGGUCGUAAUUGAGUUUUACCUUUCCUGACCGGCAAAGCACGUCGUACCAAGUGUAUGAUAAUUGAAUUGUACCGGCUGCUUUCACCGGUCCUCCGCAAAUUGGCAAACGGAAUUACCCGGAUUCGUUGCGGCGUGAAUCCCAUGAGGAAGAGAGCUUACCGCGGAUAUUCCAAGUUUGAUUAGGAAGUGUCCGAAACAAGAUUCACUUUUCUUCCCAUUAUUCCGUGAGGCUCAAAGUUGCUGAACCCAGAAGAAAAAAAGUUUCCUACCCUUGACCACGUGAAGCAAUCGUGCAGUGAUCCGUAAAACCUAACCUAGAAAUUCAUUGAUUCCGGUGGUCAGUGCGUCAGUCCCUUCCCGGAAAGAGAAGUGUGUGUUUUGUUCGCACAGUGUGUAGUGUGGAGUUCACCGGAAGUAUCGGCACUAAACAGCCUGAAAAUGUUGUUGGAUACAAAUCGUCGGCGUUGUAGUCCGGGCUGGAGCUACUGCUGGAAGCUGCUGCUGGUGACGAGCCUGUUCAUACAAGGAACGACCCCCUCCGCGGCACGCUACACGGACAGCAAUUACUUGGAGGAAGACAAAUACUCGCCCGGAUUCCUGACGCUGGGCCAAAAGUACAGCAUAGCCAUCGGCUCGAGGGUGGUGCUGCCGUGCAAAAUUAAUGAGACAGAAAACUCCAGCCACUACGUGCUCGCGUGGAAGCGGGACAUUGCCGUGCUGACGGCGGGCGGAGUCAAGGUGACCGUCAACCCGCGGAUACGGCUGAUGCCGAUCCAGGGUACGGCCGACCAGCACGGAGCCCUGUCCACCGGGUACAACCUGGAGAUCUCGGACGUGCGGGUCACGGACGCCGGCGACUACAUCUGCCAGAUCGGCUCGAUGGAACCGAAGGAGAUCGUGCACACGCUGGAGGUGCUGGUGCCACCGAAGAUCGACUUUGUGUCGCCGCAGAACAAGCUGGACGUGCACAAGGGUGCCCCAAUUCGGUUGGAGUGCCAGGGGUCGGGCAACCCGCCGCCCAAGAUCAUCUGGUCGCGAAGGAACAACGUCCUGCCGAACGGGGAGGCCAACAAAACGGGCCCGGUUUACGAUCUGCUUCACGCCACCCGUCACGCCAGUGGCCAUUAUAAAUGCACCGCCGAUAAUCGGGUCGGCCAACCGGACAGCAGGGACAUCCUGGUCAACGUGCUCUAUCCGCCGGAAAUCGAAGUGGAGCAGCAGAUCGUUCACAGCGGUGUCGGACACGAGGCCCAAUUAGUGUGCAUCGUCCAUGCCGAGCCGGCCCCGAACGUGAUUUGGUACAAGGAAACAACCCAGCUGGGCACCACCGAGCAGCACUCGCAGCAGGUUCGCGGUAACAAGCACAGCUUGAUAAUCCGGAAUGUCACCUACCUGGACCUCGGUAACUACACCUGCCAGGCAUCCAACAGUCUCGGCAAGGACCGCGGCUCCCUGUCCCUCAGCGGACUGCCGACGAUCUGCUACUUUGACUCGCCAACCUUGAGCAGCUACCGCGACCAGUACAACAUCUCGUGGACCGUCCAGAGCUAUUCCCCCAUCCGGGAGUACCGCCUGUUCUACCGGAUGCAGUCCAAGGGUCACCUGAUGCACCCGCACGACAAGCAGCUCGACAACCACAUCUACUCGCACGGCUCCGGUGCCACCGGUGGUCACGGCGGGUACGGCAACCCGUACGCGGCCGGCGGCGGGUCCGGACACCUCGGCGGCGAGCAGUGGGAGAACGUCGUGAUUCCGGAGAUGCUGUCCGAUUACAACAACAUCCACAGCGGACACUACUACAACGACCGGUUCAGCUACCAGUCCGGGACGCGACACCGGAUGAGCUUCCAGCUGAAGAAGCUGCAGUCGGGCAGUAACUACGAGGCACGGGUGCAGGCCCGGAACGACCACGGCUGGAACCGGCUGUCGAGCAUAUUCCAUUUCAGCACACGAUCGGAAGACAUGGAACUUGAACCCUCUGCCCAGCCGGCCGUCCACGGCGCUGGCCUGCUAGAUAAGGGUCUGCUCAACAGUGGCGCCGCCGCCACCCAUAAAUCAUCCGGCCUGCUGCUGCUGCUAGUUCUGCUGUCGGCCGCGGUGGCGCUAGUGUCGUCGUCGUCGCGAGCAAUGGCGUCCUCUCUAAACAGCGGCGUCUUAUCGGCAUGAUUUGCAUCGUUUCCGUUUGUUUCCAUUCCGAUAAAUCACCACUAGGCGAGAUCUACGCGCACCUAAUUAAGGUUAAGAAUAAAAAAAUAAAAAAAAACACAAACACACAUCAGCAGCACCCAAAAACAAACAGAGAAACCCGCCACCACAACUUCAUAAUCAUCACGACCGCCAUAUUUAUCGCCAUUAUGACAGUAAGAAAAAGAGAAACAAACAAUAGCGAUCGAUGGUUAAGCACGGUAACGAUAUUUUUGUCUAUUUUGUAGAGAUUAAUUUGCAACUAGCGUUUUCCCUGAAAAUUACCUCUUUUACCACAAUAUUUGUUUCUUGAAGCCAUAUUUUGUACCAAAGAAAUAGGGAAAUUGUUUGGGGAUAUAAACAGUGAAACAAGAGACUUUGAAAAAUUAACCAACAAAAACGAAAAGAGAACAAAAUGUAGAAAGAGGAAAAGUUAUGACUAGUGUUAGAAAGUGACCGGACCGAAGAAGAAAAAGGCAUAUUUAUUACGUAGAAAAGGGUGAAACUUAUUUUUCAAAUUGUAAAAUAAAGCAAGUAAACUAUGUAGGCCAUGUAACGUAAGCCGAUCAACAAAGUGUUGCGUAGCGUGUAAAAAUGAAAUUACGGUUCGCAGUCCCAUGGAACAAAACAAAGAAACACUAUAGCUAGGGAAACGAUCCAGGUGCAAACCAUGUAGCGAAAGGCUAGAUUUUAGAGUGACAACAGUACUAAGCGUAGCGGUUUUGAGUUGUAAUCUUUUAGGUUAUGUUCUGCACAUAAUGUCAUGAGAACAUCCAAUCUGUCAACGAGCACGUGGCGACCCGAUUCCAUUCUGCUUCUUUUCCGAAACAUACAAAACCAGUAAACUAUCAAACCAAAAUAUUUUACUAGCUUAGGCAGAAAUGGAAGGAAAAAACCAACUAAGUGUAAGUUAAGUAAAUUUUAUAGAUGAGUAAGAAGAAAAAGAAAAGAAAAACAUCAAAAAACAAAAGAAACUUAAAAAUAGGCCUUUCUAAACACAAACACAAACAAGUGCACACGCCGCAAGCUGCUCAAGUGACAGCUCUCUCACUCACACUCACACCGUACCGUACGUCAUUUUGACAGCUUGAUCAUAUGUGCGAGCAAGUUUUAAAUGUAAACGUUACGUAAAUAAUGAAAAAAGGGAAGAUAAAAUCAACCAUUUUACCGCCGAUUGGAUGCAUUCCGACUCUUCUGUAAAUAGGAAAAUCAAAUGAAACAUUCCAUUCUAGAAACAAAUAUUUAUACUUUUUGACAACAGCAGCAACACGCCGUCAAUCCGUCAAACUAGCUGUCAGAUACAUUGCCAAAAACCUCAAUAAAACAACAAAAAUAAUAGAAAAAAACUCACUCACACUUGCGGAAGAUUGCUUUUUUGAAACAUACUCUGUCUUUCUCACAAACCCACUUACACAAACGCGCACGCACGCACGUGCAGCACAAAUCUGAUUGAUUUCCGUUAGUUUGUUUUUUGUGGGACCAUAUUAAAUGAUAAUAAACUGAUGCGAAACUGAUGUAGAACAGAUUGAAUCAUUCUUCACUGUGGGUGCGAAUUGUGAAUCUGCACAGAAAAUUGAAAUUCUAAAGUUUAUUAUUUUCAGUGAUAAAAAACUGUGUUUUCCUCCCCUUUUCCUGUUUGGAGCGGACGCCUCUGCCUUCAAUGUUUGUGGUUGGGGAAUACUAAAUUAAAAGGGCCUAUCUCGAAUUGAUGACAUUGCCAACAUUCUGCCUGCUACGCUAUAUUGCAACAUUGCAAAUCUAAAAUGUUGAUGAAAUUAUUAAAAAUUCUAUGAAAAAUUAUUGACAUUUGGGCAGUUAAUGUUAAAAUGAAAGAAAAAAAUCAAAUGUUAAAACUGACGUUUGACCACUAUUUUUUUAUAAGUUCAAAUGCGUCUUCAUUUGAGGACCUAUUUUUGCCUGAUGAAAUUUUAUACAUUGGCCCUUUUUUAAAUUGCUACCCCACAGUAUUUGAAAACUCGCUGAACUGAAAUUACAUCCACUCGCCUACUGCACUCCAUAUCACAAAACAACACACACCACGCGUGCUGCAAGUACUUUGGCAAAAAGUUCAUCAAAGUAAUGAAAUCGAAACUGAAAUCAAAUGGAAAAAUCAUUGUCGAAUGCACGCGAGAUUAACCGUACCCGGUUGCAUACCAACGGGGGAAAUCCCCAUACAGAACGCAAAAAAAAAGUGAAAUCAAAACGUCUGCGAAAUACAAAACCAGCAAAAAGCUGCAAAUAAACCAACACAUGAAACAGGAAAAAUUAUUUUUAUUGCAUUAUCCCAACCCCCAGCGUUAUUGUUUCGUCGGGGCAGCGAAAGCAAAAAUUAACAUCGCAGAACAAAAAUAAAAUGAGAAGCUGCGAAAAAAAACUCGAAACAUUUGAGUACUCGCGACCAUUGUUGGACCCCCGGAUUUUUUUCCGGAAAGGGAGAUUCCUCAAUGAAGCAGAAUUUAAUUUGGGCAACAUUUUUGCUUUUUUUGUCGACAAAAAAAAGAACAUCAAUUCGAAAAAGCUCGUAUCAAGAUGGCAGUUUUAAUAUUUAUUUCAAUUCAAUUUACUCCUCACUCUCAUUCCAGCGCGAACAGUCGAAAUACGAGAAGAAGUAAAAAACAGUACCAUGUGUGUAAAUAAAACAAUUAUCAAAAGUCUUUUUGCUGUAAGAGAAAGUAAAAAAACAAGCGGAUUAUAAAAGAGAAAAAAAAAGAAAUAUAUGAAAAAUGAACGCUCGAAUUGUUCGGAGAAAGGAACAAAAAUAAUUCGAAAAAAAAACAAUUAAAAGAACCCUCGACAUAAGCCACGUGGGACGGCGUUUAUGACAAGAUUAUCACAGAACAACAAGGCUUUAUGCGUGGGGGAGAAGAAACCGAUGUAAAUCUAAAAUUUAUUGAGCGUGACGAGACGCGUGAACGAGAGGUAAUUAAAAAAGACAAACCAACAGAAACCAAACAAAGCCGAAGAAAACAAACGGUAGAAUAUAAAAAGCUUUCUCAAGCCUAUAUGAGAA